AUGACUAAUACAUCUAAAAUCGUUCUUUUUUCACUGUCUGGCUUCAGCACCACUGCCAACUACAAGAUCACACUUUUCUCUCUCACUUUACUUUGUUAUUGUCUAAUUGUGGUGGUAAACGUGUCUCUCAUUUUAACUAUAAUAUUGGAUCAAAACUUACAUGAACCCAUGUAUGUUUUUAUAUGUUCUUUGUGCAUCAAUGGACUUUAUGGGUCUAUAGGCUUUUAUCCUAAAUUUGUCUUUGAUCUUCUGUCAAAAAUCCAAGUAAUAUCAUAUGAAGGAUGCCUUUUGCAAGCGUUUGUUAUAUACUCCAAUGCAUUAAUUGACUACUCUAUUCUAGUUCUCAUGGCUUAUGACAGAUAUGUGGCUAUAUGUCGACCCCUGGAGUAUCACUCUGUAAUGUCUGUGAGAAGGAUUGCAGUUUUAAUUGUUUUGUCCUGGCUUGUACCCUUGUGCUGUGAAGCCAUGGUUAUAACUUUGACAUCUACACUGAAAUUAUGUGGCUCCAAAAUAGAUAAACUUUACUGUGACAAUUGGUCAAUUGUUAAACUUGCCUGUGGCUCAACGAGAGCAAACAACAUUGUCGGAUUGAUUAUUAUUGCUUUCUAUUGUGUGCAUUUCCUCUUCAUUUUGUGGUCUUAUGUGCGGUUGAUAAGAUCAGCUUUAAAAUCCAGAGAGGGCAAGAGAAAGUUUACACAGACAUGUUUGCCACAUUUGUUUUGUUUGCUUAAUGUUUCUGUUGCUUUGCUGUUUGAUGCUAUGUACUCUAGGUAUGGAUCAGCAUCUUUGCCACAGAGUGUAAAGAACUUCAUGGGCAUACAAUUUCUCAUAAUUCCACCAAUUUUAAACCCUAUUAUUUAUGGACUGAUCCUAACUAAAAUACGAAACAAAAUAAUAUAUUUGUGUGUGAUGACAGGUCAAAGAUUUAAAUUGAGAGUCAAGGUUUGA